AUGAAGUACAUCGCUGCAUUCUCAGUUUGGGCCGCCUCCGUAGCAAGUAGUGUCGCCGCGUACACUCCAGUUUCUGGAAUAUAUCCUCUGAAUGCGAGCAAGUCCAGCAUCGCGACUACUUAUGGCGGAAAUUGGCCCGGAGGAAUGUGUUCCUUCUCCGAUUAUCCACAUGUUGGCCUGAAUGGCGUCGCCCUUGGAGGUGCGCAAUGGUUCGGCGCAGCUGGAUGUGGUGCUUGCAUCAAGAUUACUGGGGCAAGCGGAUCUGUGACUGCCAUGGUCAACGAUCAGUGCCCGGAAUGUAAUAACAACCACCUUGAUCUCGACGAGGCUUACGCCGCCAAAGUAGACGCUAACUUUAGGACCAAAGGCAUCUUUGAUAUCAAAUGGGAGUUUGUCCCUUGCACCGUAUCUGGCAAUCUACAAUUCAAGAAUAAAGAGGGCACCAGUCAAUGGUAUUUCGCUAUGCAAGUUCGCAACUCUCGGCUGCCUAUCGACACUCUCGAAGUGAGCACUAACAACGGUGCAAGCUGGACCAAGGUCAAUCGUGAACCAUACAACUUCUUUACUGCCUACAGUGGGUUUGGUGAAGUUGUUGACGUCCGAGUCACUUCUACCACUGGCCAGCAGAUUAUUCAGAAGGGUAUCAAGGUGUCAAGUGGCAGCAUCGUUCAGGGCACUCAGCAAUUCUCCGUCUGA